AUGGGAGCUCUGUGGCCCUCAGCGACGGAGCCAGCGACGGAGCCAGAGACGGAGCCAGAGACGAGAGCAGAGCAGAUGGGACGUCCCGCUCUGCUGCCGGAGCCCGAGGCCUCAGUCCAGGCUCCAUCAUCAGGACCGGUCCAGCGUGGAGCCAGACAGACGCACCAAGAACAGAGUCUGCACUGGUCCCCGUCAAGACCUCAAAAACAGAUCUCUAUUUGA